ACUGUUGUUGCUAUUCUCACUUUUAUGAAAAACUUUUAUGAAGUAUUUUAUUCUGUUAGGCUGAUGCCUUUAUAUCUUUCAUGUAUUUUUGUAUGAGGUGAUUUACAUUGUUAACAUUUUUUUUUGGUAUUUUUAUUAUUUAUCACAAUGGCUUUGCUUCCGAAAACCAGUGAACUUGAAUUUCAACAGAAGGUUCUUCAUCAAAAAAGAAUUGAGAAACCUUACCGACUCACACCGUACAUUGUAACUAUUUGUGAAGGAACAAUCUCAGAAAUCGACAUCCGAAACUUUUUGGAGGCCGGCCUUCGGAUAGUAAGAUUCAAAAUGACCCAUAUUGCUAGAAAAGAUAAGGUGGUACUGCUCUCAAAUCUAAGAAAAGCUAUUACAUGGUGCUGCGACAAAUACGAACAGUCUACUUGGCCAGUUGCUGUGUCCAUUGAUUUGCCGAAUGCCUGUAUAAGAACUGGAUAUUUGAAAGAUGAAAUAAACAAAAACAGAAUAUUCUUAGAAGAAGGUAAAAUAAUUGAAGUUACAGCCGAAGUUAAAUACUGGAACCAGUGUGAUGAAAAAAGAAUGUUUAUUGACGACCCAUUCACCCUUGAAACGGUCAAACCUAACACCGAAAUAAGCAUCAAUUUUGGUGCAAUUACAAUGAUUUGCACUGAAGUUAUAAACCCGAUAAGUAUUAAAUGUAAAAUAGUCUCCGGUGGAUACCUAUCACACGCACAAUUUGUAUGUAUAAGAGGAACCAGACUUUUAAGACCAACGUUAUCAAGAUUGGAUAAGCAACUGCUCGCAUUUGUUAAAGAAUAUGAGCUAGAUGUAAUCACAGUUCAUUCUAUUCGUACAGCGAAAACUUUAGGGAAAGUGCGUGCCUUUUUUAAAGGCUGUCAUAUGCCAAUGAUCAUAAGCACAAUAUGUGAGCAAGAAGGACUAGAUAACUUAGAUGAAAUUAUUGCUGCAUCAGAUGGAAUCAUACUAGCAAGAGAAUUUCUGGCCGAGUUUUUGGUAAAACCAAAUCAGUUGAUAUCUAUACAAAUGUACAUUAGUGCAAAGUGUAAACAACAAGGAAAACCAUUUUACUUGUCUGGCAAUGUAUUGGAAGAUCAUUUACAAUUGGGCAUUAUAUCGUGUAGAGAACUUAAUGACGUCACAAAUGCAGUAAUGCAAGGAGCCGGGUUUGUACUCAAGAGCUACGCUGAUGCCACCAGCCUUUUGGAUUCUAUGAACCAUUUGAACUCGGUUUGCAAACUGGUUGAAACUAUGACUCAGCAAGACGAGAUGAGUUUCUGGAGGCUAUGCUUAGAUUUACCACCACCAGUGACAGCAGUCGACGCCAGCAUCCUAGCGUGCGCGAUAACAGCGAGACAGUCAGGGUCAGUAGCAGUGGUGGUCUUGACAGUGACUGGCAAGACGGCUGUGCAGCUGGCCAGGUUGUCGCCAGACGCUAUCAUAUUGAGUGUCAGCGCCGACCCCAGGGUGUCCAGGCAACUCCAGCUGUACCGGGGCAUCAUACCUAUCACUUAUGACCAAAAAUCAGUGAAAGACUGGUACGGCAAUAUAAACGCUCGUGUCGAGUUCGCCGUCUCCUACGGCUUGACGCACGACCUUCUGAAGUACAGUCAGAUGUACGUCGUGCUGCGGAAAGGCAGCCCUUCUAGUGCCUACUGCGACCAUGUCAGCCUGUGGAAGGUGGUCGUCGAAGAAACCAAAAAGAAAGGACUUGAUUGCCCUGAACAUGCGUCAGAUCCUGUCCGCCAUUAUCACAGUCGUCUUAGAAAAAAAUAACGGAUGUUUGAGUUUCUAUUUCUUGAGGGAAGUAAAAAAGAGACACCCAAGCAUCAAUCAUGGGACCAAAAGCAGAUAUGA